CCGCUCGCGUUAAUCGCGUGGCGGCGCGCCUGAAAUAAGAGGGACGUGCUGCGUGCAUCGGCACUGCGGGUUGAGACGCGUAGCUGUCAAAUAUUAAAUAUCAGGAGGAUUAACUUGUCAGAAUGGGCUAUUAACGCCAUCAGCCCUCAGGUUUCCAUGGCCGCAGAGGAGAACGAGUGUCCCGGCUUGUCCCGGCAGAACUCCGAGCUCAUGAGGUCAUGGGAGCUGGAAGCCCUUCUGACCAAUCGCACGCUGCGCUUCGUGUUGCGCUUAGAGCAGCAGUUCAUCUGCCCGUCCUGCGGCGGGAUCGUCCUGAACCCUCACCAGACGGGCUGCGGGCACAUCUUCUGCGCUCGGUGCGUGAGGGCGUACAUUGAAAAUGGGGGAAGUUCGAAAUGUCCCUUAGACAGCAUUCCUAUAAAGCCAGAGGAGAUUUUUCAAGACAACUGCUGCAAACGGGAACUGCUAAACUUAGAGAUCUACUGCACCAACGCCCCAGACUGCACACAGAGGGUUACCCUAUGUGACCUUCAGGAUCAUCUAAAAGCAUGCCAGUAUGAGCGGAUUCGAUGUUCAAAUGUAGGGUGCAGCGACACUGUGUUACGCAGAAACCUGCUGGAGCAUCAGAGGAACGUCUGCUCCUUCCGCCUGGAGUCCUGCCAUCACUGCCGACAGUCGUUCCCCGCGUCUCAGCUGCUGGUCCAUCAGAAGACCUCAUGCCUGGAAAUAGAAAUCCCGUGUCCCAACAAGUGUCUUCAGAUGAUCAAAAGACACAAGCUGCAAGCUCAUGCUGACGAGUGUCUCGAAGUGGAGACUGACUGCAUUUAUAAAAGCUACGGCUGCACAUUCAGAGGGAAAAGAGGGAAAGUGCAAGUUCACGAAAACUCAGAGUUCAGUUCCCAUGUGCGGCUCGUUCUGGAAAGCAACACCAAACUUGAGAAACAGGUGGAGCAGCUGCAGCAGGAUAUGUUUGUUCAGCAGGGAGCGCUGAAGGACAAAAAUCUUGUGUUCAGUAAUCUGGACCGGGAUAUCACUCUGUGUGACAACACUCUUACUACCUUACAGAGGUCUGUGGAGGAGCAGCGAGUGCGGAUCUGCAGCGUUCAGCGUGAACUGAGGGAUCUGCGGGGCGUUCUGGGCUCUGAACUGAGCGAAGAGCUCCCGAGCCUUCGGGCAUCGCUGGACUCCCUCAGACAGCAGGUGGCCGUCACUGAAAGCCUCAGGGAACACCUGGGUGCGUUAGAGCAGACGUGUCAGCGUCACACCCGCUUGUUAGACAUCCACGUGGAGCAGCUGCAGUGUAACGAGCAGCGUUUCCGCCAGCUGGAAUCCACUUCCUUUGACGGGAAGCUCAUCUGGAAAGUGCGUGACUACUGGCACCAGAAAGAGGCCGGCACCCCGCUCAACUCGACCCCUUUCUACACCAGCCGUAGCGGCUACAAGCUAAGUGUGCGGGCUUACCUCGGCGGGUACAACUCAGGGAGAGGCACUCACCUGUCGCUCUACAUCACGAUAAUGCGCGGAGACUUCGACUCGCUCCUACCGUGGCCGUUCAGACAGAACAUAACCUUAACACUGCUGGACCAAAGCGGCUCGAGGAACCACGUGAGCAACACUUUCACCCCCGAUACCAACAGCGAUAGCUUCCAUCGGCCAACAUCUGAUGCUAAUGUGGCCACAGGUUUCCCGAGAUUCAUAUCCCAAGGCGAUCUGGAGGCCCCCCGAAAUGCCGUUUAUGUGAGAGACGACACACUGUUCAUCAAAGUAAAGGUGGACACAACUGGAUUAGAGGACUUGUAGCCUAUGAGGAAAACUAAUUGUCCCAAAACAGUGUCCAGGAUUCACUGGAGUGUCAUUUAAUACCCGCUUGAAGACGUUUGUUGUAGUAUCACUGGUUUUUAUGUUUACAUGCACAGAUUUCAUUCAUUUUCAUUGAAUGUAUUGCGCUUAUGUGCCAUAUUUAUGAAAUUUCAGUUUGGAUGUGAAUGAACAAAAUUCUGCACACGAGAACAGUAUCGGUCCUAAAACAUAACCAUUUAUGAUAAUGAUUAUUUCUAGCCAAGAUCUGCUUAAUGGUCUUUGUCUUGUUGGAGUGAGUGGUGCAGAUCAUAGCACACUUGCCUGCAACAUGUUGUCUCAUAAAGACCUGGGUCAUGUUUUAAUGCUUUUUAAAUCUAUCCCCAUUUCUAGUCAAUAAAGAAAAUCAUUUCAAA